AUGCUCGGUGAACCACAAAAUGACGCGCCAAGGUUAAGAUUAUGCGCCAACGACGACGAACGAUACGAGAUAUGUAUUUCCAUCCGAGAUAAACUGAUUGCGGCUCAUCAGUCACAUGUCUGCCAUGUUGCUAUCAGCCACCGGCUUAUGGUCGAUGAAUGCCGGUCGUACAAGAGAAAGUUCGACUCUAUCAAGACAAGAGACCCCCACCUCAAAGAGAAGCAAGAGUCAGAAUGGGAGUACUAUGUCGGUAUCGCAAGCAAAAAUGUUGCACAGUGGGAGGAGAAACGAUCGUCGCUAUGCGCCGCCGCUCGGUACUGGGGUACAGAGCGGCUGCAGUACUACGAAUGGUUUGCUCAGACCAAGCAUUUCUGCAAGAAACUUGCCGUGGCGGCCAAGAGGGUUCCCAAUUGGGAAGAAGCUGUGAUCAAGCUAAAUCAGAUCCGCCUAAACAGGCAUCACGCCGUGGGAAAGCAACGCAUCACCGCGGAUGGUCCUGAGAUCAGAUGCUGGGAUCUCGAUAUGUUGAAGAGCUGGAUUAAUAAAAGUCCAUACGGGAUAAAACGCAAGGAGAACAUCGAUCAACUCGAAUUCCGACCGGUCUACCGACAAGAACUUGAAUCGCACGGCCUGGACAAGUAUGGCUUGCUAGUCGCGCAGGGCAGCCGAAUCGAGGUGCCACUUCCGAAUUACCCUGCUACAGCCCCUCCCCGACCAUCUAUACCCAGUAAACGGCAGAUCAGCGACAGCUUGGGAUCCCAGAACAAUAUCGACAGGAAUCCCAAACGUCAACAACAGCAAAUAGCACCCGAUAAGCAGACUAAGCAAAUAUCGGGCCAUGAACACGUCCGUCCGGUACACAACACUGAGGGUAUUUCACAUACUUCCCUAUCACCUCUUCGAGCCGAAUCAACAAGAUCUUCUAUCCAGUCACACUUUGAAGAACUCCUAUCCCCAAUCUCGGAUACUAACGAUGUGCCUCUCUCCCCUUCAUUGUCUCCAGAUAUAUCCAAUGAAGGCAAUGACGAAGACAACGACGAAGGCAACGGUGAAGGCAAUGACGAGCUUGAAACCGGUCCAAUCCAGGACAGCCUUUCGAUCGAAAUUACGCAAUUUCCAACGCAAUGGAGUGGUGAUGAUUCAGAGGCGGCGCUGUUCCUUGAGGACGUCCGCAGGGAGUUGCAGCUCCGUCCCAAGAGAAGCAAGCAAAGUCGCACGUGGGGUGAUGAUACUGUAAAAAGCUUGCGUAGUUUGCUGUCCUGUAUCCAAAGCCCCAAUAUAAAUCCAGCCAACGGACCUAUCGAGAUCCACCUGCUAUCAUCAGAGGAAGCGCAACGUCGCGUCGAGACUGGGUCAUCCGACAUCCCGAUUAUUGUGGAUGGUGAUCAAUCUUUUCUGUGGGAUCCGUCCCCGCGCGUCAUCCAACAGUUGUUUAAUAACGGUUGGAUUGUCAAUCUGGACCGACAGGUAUCAGUGCAAAUUCCCUCAUUGCCUACAACAGGAGCAUCAUGCGAACUAAAAAGUUUGCGUGAGGUUAAGACAAGAUUCUUGAAAAACAUUCCCCACGAUGAGCCGUGGAACUUACUAAAUCUUUCGAACCCUCUACCGCCAUCGGUGCUGCCGAGGUUCCUAGCCGGUCCAAAUUGCCAAUUGAUCCAGCGUGUUCGCGAAUGGCUCGUCAAUUAUGACUCAGCGGAGCGAGAGUCACUUGACUUGAGGAAGAUGAAGAAAUGGCAUGCCGUGACUGAAUGGGCUCUCUUGUCUGAGGGUGGCCAUAAUACAGGCUCUCACAUGGAUAGCCACGGAAUGGGAACAUGGAUCACAGUCCAGGAGGGCCGUAUUGGAUUCGGAUAUAUAUCCCCUGAUAGGAACUUCAAUUGGGCGGCAUGGAGAAACGACCACUCCUAUCAUGGACACAGAGCCCGCUACGUGGUGUUGAAGGCAGGACAAACCGUUUAUUUCCCGCCAGGAACCAUUCACUUUGUGUUUCGUUCCCGCAAAGAGCAAACAUUCGCCAUCGGGGGUCAUGUUCUUCAAUGGUCAAAUAUCCUUCGAUUCCUGCAUGUUUUAAAGGAGCAAGAGACAGACGAUACUGUUACUAACGAGGACGUCACGACGGCUUCAGGAGCAUUUUGGCGCGAUCCUAUCAUGGGACUUGUUCAAGAGCGAAUCAAGGAAGGUGCCGUUGAGAUGUUGGGUGGACUCGAAGUUGCAAACCGUAUUAUGGAUAUUUUGAAGAACUGGGAGGAUUGCGACCUGAAAAUGGAGGAUGUUUUCGAUUUAAAGUAA